GACAGCUAUGGGGCAAUGCAUUAAAACGUUUAAGAACAACACAAAUAAUAAGAACAAUAACAACAAACGCCGCGGCUAACUUCAGGGCCUUCGUGUGUGGCCGCAGUCCACCAGUCAAGGCGCGCGUUGCUGUAACCAUGGCGACCGCGACCCCCGCUGCUUUAAAGUUUUCACUUUCCUCGUGAGGAGAUUUUAUUAAAAUUUUAAUCUCUUGGGGUUUAGCGUUGGCAUUCUACAUCGUAGUUGACUGUUACAAAUUGUUAGUUAACUGUUGAUAACAGUGGGAAAUCGCGCUUUUUUUGUUAUAUAUUUAAAAAAAUCUGUAAACUUUGUUCUGAGGCGACGAAACUUACGGUCGACAUUCGGUGUCGGUGGGCGAUUAACUCGUAAAUGACGACACUAAAACUAAAAUUAUUACAUUACAGCGACUGAACAGUAAAGUGUGCAGAUUUACACAUUAAUUAGAGCAAUCUCUUUCGGUCGUCAACUUUACAAGUCUGAGAUCUGCUCCGAUUUAGUCCACACAGUGAAGAUGUUCGUCAUCGUUAAAUACGGAGAGCGACAGCAGGCGCUAUUUAACCCGUCUUGCCAGGCUCGCCUACUGCUUCGCUCCAUCCGCAUCAAACUUGGCUGUGACCCUGAUGCGGAGCUGGAGUUGUGCGACGAGAUGGGGCAGCUGAAGCACGUGUCUGCAUGGCCGGAGCGGCUGGCGAGCGAGCUGCUGGCCGAGAGGGAGACGCUGGUGGCUGUGCGAGUCUUCAGAGAAGGUGACCAGUUGACGUAUCGACCUCUACUGGAUGAUCCAGACAUCGUCAACCCCAAGUUCAUCGCACGCCUGAGCAGCCGUGACAACUACAGGCCAAUGACAAGUGCCAGAAACAAGAUCAAGAAAGUGACCAAGAAAAAUCCUGCAAACUUUUCCACCUCCAGCUUUGAUGGGCCUCCAAAAUCUGUUGGGUGCUCCAAUGGUAAGCUGGCCACAGUGAGAAGCAGAUCUCGACAGUCCAAAAACUGAGUUUUAAAAUUUAUAAACAAAACGCUGUGUAAUACGUAUGAUUUACACUUAUAAUGGAUAACUGGGUAUGAAUCAGUAGCUUGGGUAAAAUAGUGUCAUCCAAUGCAAUGCUUAAUUCAACCAACUUUGCAAACAAGUGUUCGCAUCAUUUGUAAUUGUAUAUACAUAAUGUACGAAUAAAAGUUGUGACAUGUUUAUGUACA